AAGACUCAGCCUUCUCUAGCAGGUCAAUUCCUGAUUUGGUCCAAAUUGACAAUUUUCACCUGUUUUCCGUUUCUUGGCUUCCCGCAUCCCGGCCUCAAUGGAGAAAUCUCCGCAAAAUCUUGAAUUCCCACAUCUUCUCCGUUAAUAAACUUGAUGCCAGCCAGCACCUUAGGUACAAGAAGAUCGAAGAACUUGUUGUUUACUGUAAAAGGAGUAGCCAAAUGGGUGAGGCGGUUGAUAUUGGUGGUGCAAUUUUCAGGACCAUGUUGAAUUUACUUUCCAACACCUUCUUCUCAAAAGACUUGGCAGAUCCAUACGAAAAUUCCGGUAAAGAAAUUAAGGAUUUGGUGGAGGGGAUAAUGUUGGAGUUUGGUAAACCAAACAUGGUAGAUUACUUUCCAGUGCUAAAAAUAGUAGAUCCUCUUGGGUUGAGGCGAUAUAAUUCUCGUUUCGGGAAGCUACUAAAGCUACUUGAUGGUUUGAUAAAUGAGAGGGUGGAGUUGAGGAAGUUGAAGGGACAAGUGAGCAGAAUCCCCAACAUAUUGAUCGCAAGCAUAUAGCUUCAAUACUUUUGGUAAGGCGGACAAUUCGAUGAGUUUAGCCUUUUAAGGAACUAUUCGUAGCCGGGACUGAUGCAAGUUCGAUCACAGUAGAAUGGGCUAUGGCUGAGAUUCUUAAAGCUCCAGAGAUUAUAAUGAGAGUCCAAGCCGAGCUCGGAGAAGUCAUUGGAGAAGGCAACCCACUGGAGGAAGCUGACAUUGCCCAACUCCCUUACUUACAGUGCAUUAUUAAAGAAACUUUCAGGGUGCACCCUGCAGGUCCUUUUUUGGUUCCUCGAGAAGCAGGGGAAGAUGUUGAGG